CGUGCCGCGUGCGCGUUCGUGUAAAACUGAAACUCUGAAAUACCGCAAAAAACCAACAAAAAAAAAAAAACUUAAAAAAAAUAAAAAAGAAGAAAACUCUGCUAAAAAUGCCGCGUGAGCCGCUACAAAGACGCAACGUGGUCCGCCUCAGCCGGCUGUGGAUGCUACCGUUGCUGGGCCUGUGCCUGGCCAGCUUCGGCCUGCGCUGCGAUGCGCGUGCGGUGAACGUGAGCAACACUUGGACCAUGCCGCAGGAGGGCUUGAAUGUGUUCUAUCGUUUCUUUCGUGAUCGCAUCUCCUGGUUCGAGGCGGACGCCGUUUGCCAGUUCCAUCAUGCCAAUCUGGUGACAGUCGACAACAGUUUUCAAUUUGAUGCAACUCGCGACCUGCUGCGGGAAUUGGAUGUGAACGACAUCGUUUGGAUUGGACUCAUGCGGCCGCAGAACUCGGAUCGCUUCAUGUGGUCCAACUCACGACCCUUGGUGGUGGACACCGGCUACUGGGCGGAGUCAUUGCCGCUGAUGGACGCGCCCCUCUGUGCCGUUAUCGAUCCCAUACGCGACUAUCGUUGGCAUGCCCUGCGCUGCGGCGGUCCCGAGACAGCCUCGUUCCUGUGCGAAAUGCCAGUGCCCAGCUGGGCAGAUGCCUGCAUCCUGAAGGAGAUGCCCAACCUGACCAUGCAAUACAUGGCGGACACGGCCAGCAUUGAGCUGAUCAGGAACUGCCAGGAGGAGGGUCUGCUGCGGCACAGCUGCAAGGGCAAAGAGGAUCGAGAGCGGGCCGUGCGCGAGCUGAUCUGCCCGAAGGAGCGGCUGGAGGCGCAACGCAUCAACGACAUCACCAACUCGCACUUUAAGUCGCUGCAGAUCAUCAAGAGCAUUCGCACCGACAACAACGAGAACAACGACAUCGACCUGAUGCCCCUGGUGGCCAACUAUGCUGCCAGCGUCAUGAAGAUCGAGGUGGCCACCGUCGCACCGCCGCCGCCGCCAGCCGAGCGCUUCAGCCUGGACAGGCUGAUAAUGCCGGUGGCCCGUUACCACAUCCCGGACGAGGUGCCCAUGCCCGUCAAGAAGUCCGCCAAGAAGGUGAACAUAAACGAUGAGCACGCCAAGAAGCUGUUGGCACAGCAUCAGACCCAGAUGCGCAAGGCCCCAACUACGACCACGCCCAUGCCCACAACUACGACUAGGACUACGACCACGAGCCCGCAGCCGAUAUCCCAUCUGGACAUGAUGAUGGGCGAUCAGCCGGCGCUGAGCGAGGAGCAGCUGCCGGAGGAUGUCAGCGAUAGCGAUGUGUCCAAUGAGAUAUUCGAGGCGUUGCCGCAUAAGAAGAAAAUAUUGCCGCAGGACCUGAGGACAAUGCCGACCAUAACUGAGGCAACAGCAGCAGCAGCAACAACAACAGCAACAGCAGCAACUGAGGCGGCAAUAAGUGCCAAGGAGUCGACCACGGCAGCAGCAGCAACAACAACAGAAGCAGUAACAACAACAACAACAACUGCAGCACCAGCGACAACAUCGGCGCCAGCAACAAUAGCAGCCGCAACGCGAGCCACAACAACCGAAAGCAACAUUAUGAUAACAACAACAGCAACAGCAGCAACUCCAGCCGCAGCAACGGAUGUGACAAUGGAAACGGAUACAGAUACAACAGUUGUUGCCGCCACUGGCAACACUUCCAAUACCUACGGCAGCAGCAGCAGUAUCACGAGCAGCAGCAUCACGAGCAGCAGCAUCACGAGCACCAGCAACAUCCCAACCCCAACGACAACAGCAAUGCCAUUGGGAACGUCAACGACCGUGGUUAGCAUUGCACAUCCCAUACAUCCGGUGCAGCAAAAUCGCGAUGAAAGUGCCCAUCCACAUGUCAAAGAAACGGCGGACAACUCGCACUUCAUACCGCCAAUGUUGCUGGUCAAAUCGCACUAUGUGCCGCCUGCCAAGCAUGGCGAGCACGGCGAGCACAAGUCCGAGCAUCUUGCUACCAAUACGCUGGCAACAACAACAACUGCAGCAGCUGCAGCCACGACAAGACAUCAAAAUGUUGCUGGCGUGACAGCAGCAGCAACAGCAGCUCCAGACGCAGCAACCAAAAUGACGCCAACAGUUACAACAAUCAGGACAACACAAGAAGCAGCAACAGCAGCAACAACAAUGUCAGCUGGAAAAGUGCCUACUAGCGAGGCGCCAACAGCCGCCACAAAAGAGCCAACAGCUAAUGAAAACAGCUCGAAUGCAGCAGCAACAGCAACAGCAGCAACAUCUGCUGCUGCUAUCGAUAUGCAGAGCGCCACAAAGUUGCAGUUGGAUGGCGAGAGCGUGACCGAGGAUGGGAAUGGGAAUGGGGAUGGAGAUGAGGAUGAGCUGGAGCUAACGAGCGCCACAACACGACGCAACUUCCUGCAGGAGGAAACCGAGGCGCCAUUCAAGCCAAAUCGACACCGUUCGCUAACAAAGCCGGAAACCGUCAGCUAUUUCAAGAAGAUCUUGGGCUAAGAGCAGCAGCAGCAGCAGCAACUGUAACUGAAGCGACUUUGCAGUUAACACAUAUUUCCGACUCACCACCCAUCCACAGCCCCCUAUCACCCCCUGAUCCUUGCAAUGUAAUUGGUGUGCAACAACAACAAAAAAUAUCGAAAAUCAAAGCUGCAUUGCCAGCAAAUUGAAUCAGUUGAUGUCGUUGCCUGAUUCCAGCCACCAACAACAGCAACAACAACAACAACAACAGCAGCAACAACAACAACCACAUUCCACAUUCUGGCCAAAGUUUGUAAAACUUGGCUAUGUCCGCCCCCGCACGGCUCCACACCGGAAACUUAAGCUGUUAGUCAACGCCAGGCGGAAACGCAAAGCAGCCAAAAGAAAACUCAAGCACAGUAGGAGAGAAAGCAAGAGAGAGAGAGAUAGAGAGAGAGAGAGAGAGAGAGAGAGGGAGAGUGUGCGGGCGAGUGGCAGCAGCAGGUUCCAGUUGGGAGCACCAAAUAUGUCAAUUCUUUGCAGCACAAACCACAAAGUAAUGCACCACCAAUACACACACACACAUACGCACACACACACCCACGUACACGCACACAGUGACAAAUUUAGGCACCGGCAAAGUCUGUCGAAGUAAAGGCAGGAAGAGAAAUAAAAAUAUAAAUGAAAAUGAAAAACAAUUCGAGGAGCAGAAGAAAGGUGGUUGCAUACCAAAGGCCAAAUCUUAAGUAUGAUAAAUACUAUUAUAAAUGUUUACAGAGCUAUUCGUAAUAUACACAUAAGAUACACAACCAUUGCGAGCGUCUGUUUCGUCAAAUUUCGUUUACUCUAGCCCAAAACAGGAAAAGCAAAGCUGGCAAAAAAUACCAAAAGGAAACACACCGACUGCAUAAUACUCACGCACAAAUUCCAAAAAAAACCUGAAAAUAGGCCAUAAAUUUAUUAGAUGAUAUCGAUUUUUGUAGCACUUCAAGCUCUGAAACUGUGCAAAAUAUCGAUGUAUCGAUCAUGUAUCAAUAUAUAUAUCGGUAUAUAUAUAACAAUUAAUUGAUAUAUUUAUAUCUAUAUAAUUAUCGAUAUGUUUAUAUAUAUCGAUAAAUCUUAAUACUGUUUGUAGCACUUCCACCAUAGGCUUCAGUCAAAAUGUGCUCACUCUAGCUCUGAAACCGUGAAAAUAUCGAUGCAUCGAUAUAUAUCGAUAGUAUAUCAAUAUAUAUAAAGAUAUGUACAUCAAUCAAUUGAUAUCUCUGUCUCUAUUUGUAUCGAUAUGUUUAUUUUAAUCGAUAUAUCGAUAUUAUCGUAGCUUAUUAUCUUGAAUGGUCAAAUAGAUGAGCUCACAUACACGUAUUUAGACGUAUCGAUAUUAUAUCAGUAUAUAUAUCGAUAUAGAUAGCAAUCAAUUGAUGAUAAUCUAUAUCUAUAUAUAUAUCGAUAAGUCGAUCUUAUCUCAGCUUAUUAGCUGAUGUAAGCAUAUAGACGAGCAUAAUUAUACCUACUUAGUUUCAAGCUUCGCCAAAAAGGCGAACAGAAUUUGCACAAAAACUAAUAUGUAGGAUAUCGAUAUGUAUCGAUCUUAUAUCAAUUUGUAUAGAGAUAUAGUUAUCAAGCAACUGAUAUAUCUAUGUCUACAUAUUUAUCGAUAUGUUUGCAUGCAUAUCGAUAUAUCGAUAUUAUCUUAGCUAAUUAUUCGAUGCGCGCAUAUAGACAGGCAUGAAUAAACCUAGUUUCCAGCUUCACCAAAAAGGCGAACAGACUUUGCACCAAAGCCAAUAUACCGCACUUUACACUUUGCAAACAGGGCAUUGAGAACCGAAAGCACAAAGUAAACAUUUGAUUCGCAUCGGGCAAAUAUGUCUAUGGUUUGUGCACAUCAUAAGAUAAUUGAACUGGCAGUCUAUUAAUCAGAAACAUUCAAGUAUUAAACAUAAGUAUUACGCGCGAAACAGGCCUCGUCAAAUAUAUAUUAUGAAUACAAUCUACACACACAAAUGUUGUAAAAGUUGGUGUUUUUUUUUUGU